AUGUGCUCCGAUGCAACGAUGUCGGUCGACGCCUUAGCUCGUCCCGUCAUGGCUCCCCCCCCUAACCUGCCUGCUCCUGCGACUGUUCCCGCUGCUGACCUAACUCCGGCUUCUACUGCUGCUUCUGCGGAACUAAGUAAUCCGUUUCCCGCUUCUGCUGCUGCAGCUUACCCGACUGACACCAUUCCUGCUGCUACUAAGAGGUCAAGUAAUUAUUUUCCCGGCCCUGCUGCCACUCUAAACAGCUCUUUUUCUGCUACUGCUGCUUCCGACUUCCGCAAUCGCCGCCGCAGCUGGGACGCCGCGGAUCCGACCAAUCAGCGCCGCCUGCCGCUUCCGCCGCCGCACGCGGAGAUCGCCGCCAUGGCUUCGGGACGAGCUGCCGCGCAGGGGGAAGCGGCGCAAGGGGGGACGGCGCAAGGGGGAACGGCUCAAGGGGGAACGGCGGCGGCAGAGAGAAGCGGCGGAGGCGGAGGCGGAGGCGGAGGCGGGGGGAGACACCGACGAUUCGGGAGCUGGGACCUCACUGUCAGGUCCGCCGCCGCUGCCUCCGCAGCCGCCGCCGAAGCUCGGCCCACGGAGCAAGCGCCAGCGGCGGCUCGCCACGUGGCAAUUUUUGAGAGGUCGGCUGUAGCGCCAGAGGCGGGAGUGUGGGGAGGAUCAAACAGCUGUUCACGGCCGCCGUCGGCGCCAGCAUCGUCUGGACACGUGUCAGCUGCGUCUGGUUCUGAGGCGUCUCAGCAACAGUCGGCGCCAGCAUCUCCGGGACACGUGGCAGCAGCGUUUGGAGGAGCUGUGGAUGCCGCGGCGCGGACAACGGCAGGUUCUGCAGUAGCUGAAGCUCCUGAGCUUUCUGUGGUGUCUGCUGCUUCUGCAGUUGCUGACAUCACUGCCGUUUCUGCUCCUUCUUCGGCUCCUGCGGUUUCUGCUGCGUUAGUUCCUGCUCCUGCGGAUGGGAGCGCACGGGAACUGAUGGCACAGCAGCAGCCUAGUCGCUGGCACCUUCGGAGCCGAAUAAUGUCUAACGAGGUUUCUCGUCGCGAGGGUGGGGCGAGAGGAGUGCAGGAAGCCUCUACUACGGUGGGCGGCGGAGCCGAAAGCACCGGCGCUCCGGCUGACGUGGCGCUCUGUGCUGGCGCGAACGCGGAGUAUGCCUGUGCCAGCGUGGCAUCGUCCCACGUGGACAACCAGUCCACGUGGAGCUCUCCUGGCGCUCCCUUAUCGCUGCUCGACACCAACGGAAAGCCCUCUCAGAACGUGCCUUCCUCGCCCUGUGAGACUCCUGCAAGCCUCGGCUCGCCUUUAAAUGAGUACAACAAUAACGAGGACAAGGAAGGGAACGCAGAGGAGGACGGAGCAUACGCGAGUCCCAUGUCACCCGACGGCUCAGGCUCUUUCAGCGAAAGCGACAGCGGCAGUGAGUUACCAUCGACGGUGACCAAUGGGGUUGACUCUCUCGGCGAGAUGGAAACGGUCUCUCUGCUCAGCACCAGGACUUCUCAGUCGCUGCAUGGGUUUCAGGCCGAGUUGCGUCUGGGGUUGCAAAUUGAGUCGCAAAUUGAGUCGCAGACCGAGUCGCAGAGGGAGUCGCAUGUGGGCCGCUCUGCAAUCACCGCUCCCAGCACUGCCACCAGAUCCAGCACCAGAACUAGCACGAGACCUAGUAGCCGAUGCAGCAGGUCUAGUGGGUCCUCGGCUGGAGCACCCCGUGAAUCGCAUCAGGAUCGGACUGAACGCGCUGAUCGUGGUGGGUAUAGCAGCGGCUACGCCAGCGGUUAUGGCGGCGGGAAUGGCGGUGGUAGCAGCUACGGCGGGGUGUAUAGCGGCGGUAGCAGCUAUGGGGGUGGCCAUAUCCGCAGCUAUUCCGAAUCAUAUGGUGAAAGCAGUCGCUACGAUCAGGAGUCUGCAGCGAAGCUUCAGAGCCUGCGCGCGCUGCUCUGCCCGCACUUCCGGUUCUGCCCCAGCUGCGGUUACCAGCUCGUGGACGGGUCUACAGUAAACCGCGCGUUACAAGCACAUGCGUUACGGGAACAGCCUCCGUUACAGGAACGCGAGCUGGCGAAACGGCCGCCGGUGCGACCGAGCCUGGAGGAGCAGUCUUGGCAGCAGCAGCAGCAGCAGCAGCAGCAGCAGCAGCAGCAGCAGCAGCAGCAUUCAGAGCAGCAGCAGCUGCUGCUGCAGCAGCAGGAGCGACAGCACCCGCACGACCUUUGUUAUAAGAACAGCCCGCCCCGCGGCAGGUUCCAAGAGGCUGGUGACGCCUCUGUGCGCAGGCUCGUGCGUGCUGGAGGUGAGUUCAUCGACCCUCGUUAUAGUCACCCUGUUUCCCAUGCGAGCAGCCGCGGAACGGCAGCAGAACGAACACGAAAUGAGGGAGAGGACGAGGAGGAAGAGAAGGACGAGGAGAAGAGAGGGGAAAUGAAGGGGGUGGGAUUGAGCGGGGGAGGGGAGGUUGUGGGGGAGAAGGGAGGGGAUAAACUGGCUUUGCUGGUUACCGUGGUUGGGGCAGAUGGGAGGAGGCGACGGGCCGUUUUGGAAAUUAUGGGGCAAGGCGAGUUGGUGCUGAAAUCCCCAGGAGAGGAGGAGAAGCCCGAUCCUCCACAAAGGGAGGCUCGGGAACGCGAACCUGAAGGUCGGGGUGGUUCGGCGGACCGGGAGUAUGGAUUUGAAUAUUUACAAUCUGACAACUCCGAGGAGGAGAAAGAGCCUGCUGCUGGGGAGGCAGGAGAAGGGGAAGCGGUGACAGUGAUUGUGUGUGAUGGAGGGGAGGAGGAGGAGAGUGAAGCUGCUCAUGUAUAUGAGGAUUGCACAUCGGAGGAGGUUCAGCCCGUGAAUGAGAAUGCAGGGAUUGUAGCAGAGAAAGGGAAGUUGCCAAGGCAGGGGAUUCGUCAGAACCCCUUCCGACCCCCCCCAAGCCCCCGCACCCACCGCCGCAUCUCCUCCUGGGCAGAGGGCGGGGGAGCGGGCCCAACCGCGUACGUGCUGCGGCGGCCAUACAGGGAUCUGACGCGGUUGUACGAGGUGGGGGAGGAGGAGCUAGGUGUGGGGCAGUUUGGGGUGAUUCGCCUGUGUGUGAGCCGAGCGACGGGGGCUCUGCUCGCCUGCAAGACCAUCAGCAAGCAGAAGAUUGAGUCAGCAGAGGAUGCGGAGGACGUGAGGAAGGAGGUAGCGAUGCUGCAGCAGGUGAAGGGGCAUCCGAGCAUAAUUGAAAUCCACGAGGCAAUGGAGGACCCUCGGCACAUCCACAUUCUCAUGGAGCUCGCCCGGGGGGGAGACCUCUUCGACCGAAUCAAGCAGCGCUGGAGCAAGGAGAGCAAGGAAAGCAGGGAGACUGCACACAGGCGCGUGCUCGGAGGGGGGAGUGUGGAGGGGAGAGUGGGGUUUUCGGAGGAGGCGGCGGCGGUGGUGCUGGCGAGAGUGGUGGAGGCGUUGCAGUAUUGCCACUCGCAGGGGAUUGUGCACCGGGAUGUGAAGCCGGAGAACAUUCUGCUCAUGGACCGCGAGGACGACACGUGCGUCAAGUUGAUUGACUUCGGCGUCGCGGCGAGGUUCCAAGAAGGCACGCCACUCACGGAGUUUGUCGGCACACCCUACUACAUCGCGCCAGAAGUGCUGGCAGGCUCCUACGGGCCGGAAGCUGAUAUCUGGAGCGCCGGAAUCGUGCUGUACACUCUCCUCUGCGGCGCUCCUCCCUUUUUCGCCGACACUAACGAGGAGAUUUUUGAGGCGAUUCGGGAGAAGCCGUUGAAAUUUAAAGCUGCCCGGUGGAAGAAAAUCGGGACGGGGGCGAAGGAGUUGCUGAAGGGGAUGCUGGAAAAAGAUCCUUCAAAGCGCAUGUCUGCUGUGGAUGUUCUUGGACACCCAUGGCUACUAACCCAUUCCAGACACACUUGA